AUGUUGUUCACAUAUUUUAUAAUCUUUAUUUUAUCAUUUCUAAAGUGUACAACAUGUGUGUUAUCAUCUUCAAGCAUUGAGAGAUGUAAAGUGAGUGACGAGACGUGCAUAUUAAAAGUGGCAAAUGAUGUACUGCAUGGGAGCUAUGAAGGAAAUGCAGAUAUUGCCUUACCGUCAAUUGAUCCCUUAAUAUCUAAAGUUAUGCGAGUCGUUCAAGAUUCAGGUCCUGUUGUGAUUGAGGCAACGAUGACGAAUUUUGAGAUUCAUGGAUUUUCGAAAGGAAAAUUUAAGAAGUUUAGAGGAUUUGACAAGAAUGUGCUUGAAAUUGAAUUAAAGGCACCUUCUGGUGUAUUUAAAGGUCCGUAUAAAUUAAAUGGAAAAAUUCUCAUCAUUCCAGUGACUGGUGAAGGCACAACAGAUACAAAAUUCAUCGAUCUAAACAUGAAAAUGACGCUGCCCUUGACAAACACAACAAGGAAUGGCAAAACAUACUACAAAAUUGUCAAUCCAAAAAUGACAUUUGACCUUCCUGGCGGCGACAUCUAUCUAUCGCAUUUAAGUUCUUUUGCUAAUACAUUCAUCAAUUGGAGUUUUGGAAUUGUGGUUAGUGCUCUCAAAGGUCCAGUCAGCAUACCGAUGGUUCAACUUUUUGCUGAGAAGAUUAAUGCUGUGUUUGAUAAAGUGCCGUAUGAGGAGUUAUUUCUUGAAUCUUGA